CAAAGUUCACUAUAUAGAGAGCUCUGUGAGCCGAUCAGAGAGAAAGCAUUCUGCCAGCCCAGCGCCUACAAAUCGCAAUCACUUCCUAACCUCCCCCUUUUUAACAUAUUUGAUCACUUUGAUUCUCAAGUUCUCUUCUUUCUUAUUAUUUCUACGCGCACGAAGAGGAGGGUUCUGUAGGUGGUGAUCUUUUUUUUUGUUUUAUUAUCGCCGCUGCUUGCCGGGAGAGUUGACUUCAUAUUUGACUCAAGCCCAGGCUUCAUCUGUGCUCGGCUGCUGCUGCUAGCGCUACCUCAUCUGAAGAAAAGGAAGAAGCAGCAUUAUUUUUUGGCCAGUUGUUGUCGGUUUUUCUUCAAGACUUGCGCUGGAACUUGGUGUCGCUCGUCGCCAGUAUCUGUGUACCAAGCUGUUUGUUUCCGUGCGUCUGAGCGUGUAAAGCUUACGCGUGAAGUUGUCGGCCUCUGUCUGUAGUAGGCUAUCUUUUCGCCGACGUAUUUAUUUUCCGUUUUUUUUUCCUUGAUGGGUUUCCUGGAUGGAUGACUGCAAGCGACCCUGGACUUGGCCUCUAAGAGCAGGACUGCGAUUCGGCUCGUCUUCGCCUCAGUUCUAGCCAUCGCCAAGUAACGCGUUUCUGUCCAAGAAACAGGCUACUGUUCGUCAUCGGUGCGCAAGUUUCAGCGGAUAAUCAGACUGUACUGUAGCCUACCGAUCUUUGCAUUAUUUAUUUGACUGUCUUCACUGAUAACAAAACAAAGCCAAAAAACACCGAGCUGUAUUAUUUUAGAAACAAGACACUACGACUCCAAAAACGGAAGACAAAAAGUUUUUUAACGUUGACUGAUAGAUAUGGCAAUGGUAGUGUGGAGAGGCUCCCAGGACGAUGUGGCUGAGACGCAGGGCACACUCUCAUCGCAAGCCCAAGGAGGACUAUCGCUACCGACUCCUCAACCAGGCCAGUUGAAUCUAACGGCCUCUCAGGUUGCCCCACCGACCCCUCAGACACCAGUUCAAGGACCCCCGAACAAUAAUGCACAAUCUACUCCGACGAACCAGACGUCGCAGAGCCAGUCGGACAAACAGCAGCAGCAGCAUAUAGAAUGCGUGGUUUGCGGGGACAAAUCCAGUGGUAAACAUUACGGCCAGUUCACUUGCGAGGGGUGCAAAAGCUUCUUCAAACGGAGCGUACGGAGGAACCUCACUUACACAUGCCGUGCCAACAGGAAUUGUCCCAUUGACCAGCACCAUCGCAAUCAGUGUCAGUACUGCCGCCUCAAAAAAUGCCUCAAAGUUGGCAUGAGACGGGAAGUUUCUCUUGCAGCGGUCCAAAGGGGAAGGAUGCCACCCACACAGCCUCACCACGGUCAGUUCGCCUUGACAAAUGGGGACCCACUGCACUGCCAUUCCUACCUAUCCGGAUAUAUCUCUCUUCUGCUGCGAGCGGAGCCCUAUCCAACGUCCCGGUAUGGCAGUCAAUGCAUGCAGCCGAACAAUAUCAUGGGCAUCGAGAACAUUUGUGAACUGGCGGCCAGGAUGCUGUUCAGCGCAGUGGAGUGGGCCAGGAAUAUUCCCUUCUUCCCAGAUCUCCAGAUUACAGACCAGGUCGCUCUUCUGAGGUUGACCUGGAGCGAGCUGUUUGUGCUCAACGCUGCACAGUGCUCCAUGCCACUCCAUGUGGCCCCUCUACUGGCGGCGGCUGGCCUUCACGCCUCCCCCAUGUCUGCGGACAGAGUGGUUGCCUUUAUGGACCACAUUAGGAUCUUCCAAGAACAAGUAGAAAAGCUAAAAGCUUUGCACGUUGACUCUGCUGAAUACAGUUGCUUAAAAGCCAUCGUGCUAUUUACUACGGAUGCGUGUGGUCUGUCAGACGUGGCCCAUAUCGAAAGUUUGCAAGAGAAGUCCCAGUGUGCGCUGGAAGAGUACGUUCGGAGCCAGUACCCCAACCAGCCAACUCGAUUUGGGAAGUUAUUACUACGCUUGCCUUCGCUUCGCACAGUGUCGUCUUCGGUCAUAGAGCAAUUAUUUUUCGUCCGAUUGGUAGGUAAAACCCCAAUUGAAACCCUCAUCCGGGAUAUGUUGCUGUCGGGGAGCAGUUUUAACUGGCCUUACAUGUCAAUUCAAUAAGCAGAAGGACUGAUCAAAGGGGGUUGUGACUACAAUAGUUAGCGCUUCUUUUGUAGAAGGAAACGGCUGUUACACGAGUUUACUUUCACGAAGAAAGACAUUUUCAUAAAUGACUGUGAAUUUUAAAAUUGAGACAUUCAGUGAACUUUCAAAAAUCCAGAUUGCUCCCACUGUCAUUCUGAACAACCUGUUCCUUUUUUAAGAAAAAGAAAAGAGAAGAAAGAGAGAAAGAGAAAAAGAAAAAGAAAAAGAGAAAAAGAAUGGAAGGACAAAAACAUGCAGAGGAUUCUGAUAAUCCUUUCGGGCAAAGGAACUAUAAAGUGCAUUUAAAGGGGUUAUUUGGAGACAUUUAGGAGAAAAGUCCGUUUUUUUCCCAAAUGACUAUAUUGUCCCGUGUCCAUGUAUCUAUAGCUGGUUUGUAUUUUUUUUUCUUUUUCUUGCUUUCUGGUUCCAAACCGGCCUAUGUGAUUCUGUAGUAUGCAGUUGUUGUUUUGUUUUUCUAAUAACCACGACUUAAAACGGUUGAGUAAUGUAAAGACGUUCUUCAAGAAUUAAAAGUAAAUCUACAGCAAUAUAGGACAAGGAUCUACUUAAUGCUGCAAGCGCACUUACUCUUUGAUAUGCCCUAAUAAACGGGAAUAGGGAUUUCUGGACAUCAGGUUUGAACUAUCAACUCAAAUAAACAAACCCGUCCAUUAAAAGCCAGAUUAGUCGUAAUGUUCCAGGGUGUCCCCAUCUAUGCCACUGUUCUAUGUAUUCGACACCCGCAGACCAUCAUCUCUUAAACAAUUAAGAUGUAGACUUUAUCACAUAGAACUGUUGUCACUGGACAGCUGUUGUACGCUACCGAAACGUCUGUAUGUUAUACGGUUGUUUAGAAGCUGCGACCUACUUCACUGAUCUGACAUUCAGUAGGCUAUAGUAAGUGGUUAUAAAUGUUUUACUGUAAACAAUAGAACAAAUAAUUUGGUUUGAGUGUAAAAGUUGAAUUUGUUCAAAAUUUCUGUUAAUUUAACGAGUCCGUCCACUUAGUGUAGUGCGGAAUCGUCGCUAAACUAUUUUAAAGAAUACUAGGCUGUUUUGAAGAUGGGAGACGUGGGAGGUCACCAUUCCUUUAAUGACAAAGCAAAAGUGUUAUCAAGACAUCUCGAAAAGUCUCCCCAAUAUUUCAGACAUAAAAGUGCCUGUAAAGCGCAAAUCACCGAUUUGUUAUUAAGCGUUAUUCUACGUCUAGGCUAGACAACGUGGGGAACACGCUUCAAUUUUACAACUCAGUCUUAUGAUUGUGUAUUUCACUUGAAAAAAAGACGAUUAGAGGCAGUAUUCUUGUAAAUAUAGGUCAAUUCAUUUCAAUGACUUUUUUCUUAUACAAAGUAUAUGUGAUUAAGAAAAAAAACUGUGGUUGCCAUUUUUUCGGUAAAACAAAUGUCUUCAAAAUGAGUGGCAGACUUAGCUAGUAGCACUGAAAGUUCUGUUUGUAAUGUAUAUACAUAUUACGAAAAAAUGUUUUUUUUUUCUUUCUUUCUUUUUCAUGUAUUUAGACUGUGAAUGCAUGGCCACAGGUCGCUAACCUAUUUUACCUUUGAUAUAUAUAAAUGUAAAUGUUUUUGACUGUAUAGAUAUAAUCUGUGCAUUCAGUACACUAGCCCUUGUAUUUAAAAAAACACAAAAAAAAAAAAACAAAACGUUCAAUGAUAGGCUAAGACUUAACAGGGUGAGCUGGUUUGGAAAGGGGUGGCUAUUUUGACUUAGUGUUCCUGCUCCUUUUCGGUCUGUAACAGAUGCCUUGUGUGUGUAUGUGUGAAAGCUUGCAAUUUCGUCCUUGUUUUGAGGCUUUUCUUCAACACACAAGACACCAUGUUGUGGUUGGAUAAAAAGGGAUCAUAUUGUGUAGAUGACUGAACAGUUAUCUUGGGCUCUUCCCCUGCCACAUAUGGACCAGAGAAUGAUACAUGAUUGUAAUUAUGAACAGUUUAAACUGACCCACGUUUUUAUAUAAAUAUAUAAGAAUAUAUUACUGCAGGGUAUUGAUAACGUAUAGAUACUUUUUUAUCAUUAUUGAUUAUUAUUAAUUGCAAGUGAUAUACGUGAGUGUGUGUGGAAGUUUAUAGUUGAAAACAAUUCUUGUUUGUUUGUGUUAGCUUAUUGUAAACAAGCAUUCUGCUGUAAAUUUGUUCUUGGUAUUAAAUUAUAAUUUAUGAAUUUGAAAUCAAAA